GACGGGGCAGUGAGCAGGGGACAGACUGACGGGCAAGGGGACGGGGCGGGGGGGGCACAGACAGCCUAGGAAGGGGACGGACAGACAGAGCGACCGACAAGCAGCCACCCCCCAGGCAGCGCGGGCAGAGGCGCCCGGCUGGGGACCCCCGGGAGGAGGAGGAAGAGGAGGAAGGGGGGGGCGAUGAGGAAGGCCCGGGGGGCGGCGGGUCCCCGCGGCAGGCCGGCCUAGCGGGCGAUGCCACCGGCACGGGGCGCGGGACGAGCCGCCCUUUCCCUGCGCGCGGUGCCCGCGGUAAGGAGAAGCGGAGCGAAACCCCCCCGGGAAGGGCGCAGCCGCGGGGAGCCCGGUCCCGGUGCCAGGCUGCGGUGGCUUCGGCGCUGCCACGCACCCACCGGAAGGGACACGGGACGGGGACGGGGCCCUGGCGCCCUCCCACCUCCUGCUCGGCAGUUAGGACCUGGGCGCUCGCGGCGGCCGUUCGCAGCCGGUUGAGGAGCGGGGGCCGCGCGUGAACCUAUGCAGACCGGGACGAAAUACCUCCUCCUGGCUCUCCUGGCCUCCUGCCUCCUGCUUUUCUUCGGAGCGGACCGGCUGCGCCGCGCCGCCUCCUUUUCCAGCCCGAAAGCCGAGGCGCCGGGGAGGUGGCCCCGCUGGGCGGAUGGGUCCCUGCUCCAAAGCUUCGCAGGUGCCGGGGAGCUCGAGGGCGAUGGAGCCGCCCCGUCGCCGUCACCCAAGGCCCGGCGGGCGGCCCGGCUCGGCACCCACCAGCGCCGCCGCUGCCGCAUGGAAACCUGCUUCGACCGCUCCCGCUGCGAGCAGCACGGCUUCAAAGUGUUCGUGUACCCGCGGGAGGCGGGCGUGCCCGUGUCGGACGCCUACCUCAACAUCCUGGCGUCCAUCGAGGAGUCCGGCUACCGCACGGCCGACGCCGGGGCCGCCUGCCUCUUCGUGCUGGGCAUCGACACGCUGGACCGCGACCGCCUCUCCGCCCGCUACGUCCCCGGCGUCGGCGAGAAGCUCCGCGCCUCUGCCCUCUGGAACGGCGGCCGCAACCACCUGAUUUUCACCCUCUACUCGGGCACCUGGCCCGACUACGCGGAGGAGCUGGGCUUCGACAGCGGGCAGGCCAUGCUGGCCAGGGCCAGCGCCCGCGCCGAGACCUUCCGGCCCGGCUUCGACGUCUCCCUCCCGCUCUUCCCCGCCGAGCACCCGCGGAAGGGCGGCGAGCCGGGCUGCCUCCGCCAGCGCGCGCUGCCGCCGCGGAAGAAGUACUUGCUGGUGUUCAAGGGGAAGAGGUACCUCACGGGCAUCGGCUCCGGCACCAGGAACGCCCUGCGCCGCCUCCACGACGGCAAGGACGUCGUCUCGCUCACCAGCUGCCGCCACGGCCGGGGCUGGCAGAGGCGCAAGGACGCGCGCUGCGACCGGGAUCACGCCGACUACGAGAAGUUCGACUACCAGGAGCUGCUGCGCAACUCCACCUUCUGCCUCAUCCCCCGGGGCCGGCGCCUGGGCUCCUUCCGCUUCCUGGAGGCGCUGCAGGCCGCCUGCGUGCCCGUGGUGCUGAGCGACGGCUGGGAGCUGCCCUUCUCCGAGGUGCUCGACUGGGGCAAAGCCGCCGUCGUGGCCAGCGAGAGGCUGCUGCUGCAGGUCCCCUCCGCCGUGCGCCGCGUGGGCCCUGAGCGCCUGCUGGCCCUGCAGCAGCAGACGCAGCUCCUCUGGGACGCCUACUUCUCCUCCGUGGACAAGAUCGUGCGCACCACGCUGGAGAUCAUCCGGGACCGGCUCUCGCCGCACCGCUCCCGCGCCCGCUUCUUCUGGAACGCGCUGCCCGGGGGGCUCCUGGCGCUGCCCGACUUCUCCACGCGCCCCGGCGACUUCCCCUUCUACUACCUGCAGCAGGGCUCCAGCCCGUCCGACAAGUUCACGGCCCUGGUCCGGGCCUCCUGCGCCGGGGUCCCCCCCUCGCCGCCCCUGCUCGGGCUGCUGCAGGCCGUCUCCGCGUCCCGGCACUGCGCCCAGAUCCUGGUGCUGUGGAGCUGCGAGACGCCGCCGCCCCGCGGGCAGUGGCCCCGGAGCACCGUGCCCGUGAGCGUCAUCCCCGGCGGGACCGAGCCCAGCGACCGCUUCUUCCCCUACGCGGAGAUCCGGACGGACGCGGUGCUGAGCCUGGACGAGCACGCCGGCCUCUCCACCAGCGAGGUGGACUUCGCCUUCGCGGCGUGGCGCAGCUUCCCCGAGCGCAUCGUGGGCUUCCCCGCGCGCCGCCACUUCUGGGACGCCGAGCGGCAGCGCUGGGGCUGCAGCGCCGAGCGCAGCAACGAGCUCUCCAUCGUGCUGCCCGCCGCCGCCUUCUACCACAGGUACUACCACAGCCUCUUCGUCCGCUCCGUGCCGGCGGGGCCGCGGGGGCUCCUGGGCGGCGGCGGUGCCUGCGAGGACGUCCUGCUCAACCUCCUCGUGGCCGCUGCCACCAAGCUGCCGCCCGUCAAGGUGGCCCGGCGCCGGGAGCCCGAGCAGCCCGGGGACCAGCCGCCGCAGGACUGCCUCGACCGGCUGGCGGCCUGGCUCGGCCACAUGCCCCUGGUGCCCUCCCAGCUGCGCCUCGACCCCGUCCUCUUCAAGGACCCAGUUUCCAUCCUCCGCAAGAAAUACCGGCGCCUGGAGACGCCGUAGGGCCGGCGGGUGCUGCCCGGCCCCGGCGCUUCCUACCGGCGCGGUAAAGGUUGGCGGGGACGCGAUUUCCUCCCCGAGCUCCCCAAAUCAGGGGAAAACAGCUCGUCUGGGACCUGCGGCUCCUCUCCGCUCCGGGUAAGCGGCAACGGUGAAAAUAAAGCCCCUCUGCUCCGGCGGCCACCGCUGAGCAGCCGGACCGGGCACACUCGCGCCCUUCACCUCC